UGAGGCGCGGAGCUGUUCGCCGCUCCAGGUGCUGAGUCCGAGGGAGGCUCGGGACCGGAGAGCCGCGGUCGCCGCCGCCGUCGCCGCCGCGAGAGCCAUCGCCUGCAAGCCGAAGCCGUGAGGAGCCCGGAGGAGCUGGGUGCGCUGCCGGGCGCCGACCGCCCUCCCGCCUCUCUGAGGUCCUUGACUUCGCAGUAAGUGCUCCCUCUUCAGCCAGAAAGAUAAGAAGGUCCCGGCGGCCCCUCCUCAGGUUCUCCAGCAGGCCUUGGUGGCCCAGCAUGGCCCACUGAGGGGAACCAUGACUGGCUGGCUGACACCUGCUGCUGACCAUCCAGAGUCGUGUCUCACCAGGAGGUGACCCUCCACCAGCCGCCCUCCACUCGCCCGCCCCGCCCCGGAAAGUGCCUGCGCUGCCAGGGACACCAUGUAGUAGGGCCGGCUGCGGCGCCCAGUGAGCUGCGAUGGUUUUGUACACGACCCCCUUUCCCAACAGCUGUCUGUCCGCCCUGCACGCCGUGUCCUGGGCCCUCAUCUUCCCAUGCUACUGGCUGGCGGACCGGCUCCUGGCCUCGUUCAUACCCACCACCUAUGAGAAGCGCCAGCGGGCAGACGACCCGUGCUACCUCCAGCUGCUCUGCACCGUGCUCUUCACGCCUGUCUACCUGGCCCUCCUGGUCGCCUCACUGCCCUUCGCAUUCCUUGGGUUCCUCCUCUGGUCCCCCCUACAGUCUGCCCGCCGGUCCUAUGUCUACUCCCGGCUGGAGGACAAGGGUGCAACCGGUGGGGCAGCCCUGCUAAGUGAAUGGAAGGGUACGGGUUCUGGCAAAAGCUUCUGCUUCGCCACCGCCAAUCUCUGCCUCCUCCCGGACUCACUGGCCAGGCUCAACAACGUUUUCAACACCCAAGCCCGGGCCAAAGAAAUCGGGCAGAGAAUCCGCAACGGGGCCAGUAGGCCCCAGAUCAAAAUCUACAUCGACUCGCCCACCAAUACCUCCAUCAGCGCCGCCAGCUUCAGCAGCCUGGUGUCACCGCAGGGCAGUGAUGGUGUGGCCCGGGCCGUCCCUGGGAGCAUUAAGAGGACGGCCUCCGUGGAGUACAAGGGUGACGGUGGCCAUCACCCCAGUGACGAGGCUGCCAACGGCCUGGCCUCUGGGGACCCGGCCGACGGCGGCGGCAGCCUUGAGGAUGCCUGCAUCGUGCGCAUCAGUGGCGAUGAGGGGGGCCGGCCCCCCGAAGCCGUCGACACCCCCACUGGGGACCAGGCCAGGAACGGGGCCGGUGGGGGCCCACGGGGCCAGACACCCAACCACCAUCAGCGGGAUGGUGACUCGGGGAGCCUGGGCAGCCCCUCGGCCUCCAGGGAGUCCCUGGUGAAGGUGCGGGCCGGGGCCGACGGCGGCAGUGGGGAGCCGGGCGCCAACAGCAAGCUCCCGUACAAGGCCUCGGCGGUGAAGAAGGCCGCCGCACGCAGGAGGCGCCACCCGGACGAGGCCUUUGACCACGAGGUCUCAGCCUUCUUCCCUGCCAACCUGGACUUCCUGUGCCUGCAGGAGGUGUUUGACAAGCGGGCGGCUGCCAAGUUGAAAGACCAGCUGCACGGCUACUUCGAGUACAUCCUCUAUGAUGUCGGGGUCUACGGCUGCCAUGGCUGCUGCAGCUUCAAGUGUCUCAACAGCGGCCUGUUCUUUGCCAGCCGCUACCCCAUCAUGGAUGUGGCCUAUCACUGUUACACCAAUGGGCGGUUCUCCGACAGCCUGGCCUCGAAGGGAGCGCUGUAUCUCAAGGUGCAGGUGGGAAGCACACCUCAGGACCAAAGAAUUGUGGGGUACAUCUCCUGCACACACCUGCACGCCCUGCCAGAGGACAGUGACAUUCGGUGUGAGCAGCUGAACAUGCUUCAGGAUUGGCUGGCCGAUUUCCGAAAAUCUACCUCCUCAUCCAGCACAGCCAACCCCGAGGAGCUGGUGGCGUUUGACGUCAUCUGCGGAGAUUUUAACUUUGACAACUGCUCCUCUGAUGACAAGCUGGAGCAGCAGCACUCCCUGUUUACACGUUACAAGGACCCCUGCCGCCUGGGGCCUGGGGAGGAGAAGCCAUGGGCAAUCGGUACCCUGCUGGACAAGGAUGGUCUCUACGACGAGGAAGUGUGCACCCCUGACAACCUACAAAAGGUCUUGGAGAGCGAGGAAGGUCGCAGGGAGUACCUCGCCUUCCCCACCAGCAAGAGCCCCGGAGGAGGCCAGAAGGGACGCAAAGAGCUGCUGAAGGGCAACGGCAGGCGCAUCGACUACAUGCUGCAUGGGGAGGAGGGACUGUGCCCAGACUGGAAGGCUGAAGUGGAAGAAUUCAGUUUCAUCACCCAGCUGUCAGGCCUGACGGACCAUCUCCCAGUGGCCAUGCGACUGAUGGUGUCUGCGGGGGAGGAGGAGGCAUAGACUGGCCAAGUCACCAAGAGCAGCGGGGGCCUCCGCCAGCCCUUUGAGCCACAGUCCCUUCCUGGCCGUGUCCCCUCCAGCGAGCGCCGCCACCGGUGCUAGGGGAGGAGGGCAGAGGCCCGGGAGAGCUGCGGCCAGUCCUGGGUGAGCUGGAACCAGCGCUGCCCGGCACCUCUGGGCACUCGCCGUGGACAGGAGUCAGGCCGGCCUGGGGAGUCCCGGCUGCCCAACCAGUGCCAUUCUUUCAAAUCGUGAUUUUCUACAAAUCUACAGCACAACCUAGUUUGUAACCCGUGGGUUAGUAUGAGAACCGGGUUUCUGUACUCUUUGUAUCUCUUCUCAAGCUUCGUCCAGGGUUCAUUGUUUUUGUCUGCUGCCAUGUCGUCUCGCAUGCCUGCACCCUCGCAUGCACACUGCCCGCAUGCCACAUGCCACGCUGUAGCCACAGACCCCUCGCUUGGGCCUCACCCAAGGCCAAACUCCAAACACAAUCAGAACCAGCCAAAGAAGCAUUCCUGGACACAGGGCCGCUGGCUUGCCACCUCCAGCCUGGACAGCUCACAGGCACGGACCGUGAGGGCUGUGUCCAGUCACCAGCGAGCCCGGGCGCUUCCCCAGGGUCUUGCAUUCAAGGGCGAUUAUAUUUUAAAAAGAAAAACAGAAAAAGUUAAGAACAAAAACAACCCUUCACUUUAAAGGGUCUGCAAGCCAAGAAGGAGAACACUGCUCUGAGCCAGGCUCCCUUCCCCCAGCACAGCAGAGCCUGGAGCCUCCCCUGGAGACGCCAAGGUGGACAGACAAUGGAGCCAUAGACAGGAAUCUGAGGAGAGAGCAUCACUUUUUUACAGGAAGAAGGGCAACUCACAGCAUAAGGGGGGGAGGGGGACUUGUGGUUUUGGAAAUGAUAGAUUUGUAGCUUCUCUUCUGUCAAAACCAACACAUCCUCUUUCUGCCUGAUCCUGUCUCCCCAACGGACACCCUUCUGGUUUGGGACCAAUCUUUUCCUGGGGACUGUCCCCAUCCACGUGCUGGCUGAGCUCAGGAACCGUCCACCUGCCUCUGGGUGGGGCUGCGGCUCUGUCCUCCUAGGCCCAUCCUCAACAGUGACCUGGGGGCCCUGGACAAAAGGGCUGGAAGUCAAGGAGCAGAGCAGCCUGUCCCCUCACCAGCGUGCAGGCUGGGGGUGGCAAGGCCAACGGCCACUGCUCACCCCAGGCAGGGAGUGGUACUGGUUGACAUCCAGGUGCACAGGCAUCCACUCUGCCACCAUGUGACCAGGGCCAGCCCCGGGCACCUGCGCACAGCGUGGCAGAGGCUGCAGAUGAAGCCCGUAGCGCCUCACCCCACGGCAGCACUGCCUCUGCCCACCUGCCUUUUUAAACACACCUGGGGACGCCUCCUCCCCUCAGCUCACACAGGGAGGGUUUUGUCUGUUUCCAGCUGCGAGGCCCCUUUGACUCGGAGGGCUGUUACUGACAACCCCCAAGGUCUCCCCUCCUCGCAGCACCCCAACCAAUGUGCCCGCCUGGCUCAGAGCCAGUUCUGCCCGCCUGGCUCAGAGCCAGUUCUGCCCAACGAGGCUUGGGGAUGCACCAGGACCCUGCUGCCGGGAGCCUCCUGGUGCCAAAACGCUGAUGCUGUGCCUUGUCACCCACUGAGCUGCAAGAGUGACCAUAAGGGGAUGAAGGCCAGAGGCCAGGCCCUGCGCUGAAGGAGGACCCUCCUGAGAGCCACACUCACAGUGGCACUGGUUGGUCUGAAGCCCCCUGGCAGCGGCAGCAGCUGGACUGAGGGCCUCACUGCCUGGAGCACUUCCCUGGCCAGGCCCCUAGCCCCACCCCCCCAAGUCAAGCCAGGAGGGGCUGCUCACCGUCUAGGGUGUACCUGAAACUAACACGAUACUGUAAAUCAGCUAUACUUCAGCACCCCUCCUCCAAGGGCAUGGCCCUCGGUGCCCUGGAGAGGCUUCACUGGGUCAGAGGCCUCCAAUCCCAGGAGCAGCCAGGAAUCUGCUCACAGGUGGAUCUCAACGGGGCAGAUGUGAUGCCUAGAUGUCUGGGCCUGAGCCGAGGCCCCUAGGCUGCAGGUCAGCUCUGUUCCCAGGAGAGCAGAGGAGGCAGGGCCAGGGCUCCUGAAGCAGAGCGACUCCAGCACAACUUCCAUCCCUCAGAGGGACUGCCUGACUCCCAGGGCAGCUGGCGGGGAGCCAAGGCACAGGGGCACAUGCUUCUCUCCCUACUCACGGGGUGGCCUUAGGCAAGUCAUACCUCCCUGUGCCUCAGUCAUUUCCUGUCCUAACAAGGUCACCUCUGCCCAGCCUGCCUGGUGUCCAGAGCAGGGCUGGCCUGCCUCCCCGCUCCCCUCGCACCGACCUCUGGCAGAGCCUCGGCGCUGAGGCCACCAUCACCCAGCCACAAGUUUCAUCAAGCCUGUGCACCCCCGGGUCUAUGUACAAGCCAGACUUUACCAUUUCAAUUUUUAAAAAAGAAAAGAAACAUCUCAGAUGUUUCUGUGGCAUCUAGGCCUGGGAAGGACAGACACAGGGGUCACCCAAAUUCCCAAGGCCCCACACCUGCCCCGGGCCCAGCCUCCUCCAGAGAAGCCAGGAGGCAGGGGUCAGCUUCAGAAAAAAUGAUCACUUCAUUUGUCCAAACCACCUUGAGUUUUAAGUAUGGAUAUUAAUCUUGAUGCUUUUUAACUAUCGUAUUAACUUGCUGAGAUUUAGAAAUACUGUUUUAAAAAACUACAAAAAACACUUUUUUAAUUUCUGUAUUUUUUUCUGUAUUGUAUCCUCAUGGGACAUUAGGGGUUUUAUAUGGUAAGCACACCUAAGGUUUUGGUAAAAACAUUAUCAAAUAUAUAUCCAGACGAUGCUUCCCUAGAAGAAAAACAAUCUUUACAACUGAUAAAAUAUUUUGAAAAGAGAGGUGUCUUGCUUUUGUUUUGUUUUGUUUUGUUUUCCUUUACUGGUGCUGAAAGAAAGGAUGGAUAAUGAAGAAAAAAUAAAACUGUGAGGCUCAA